UUUCUUCCGUUGUCAGCACAGCUACAGAAGACGCGGAGAUUACAGACUCAUUGUUUCUGCCUGCUACGCUCGACGAGUGCCGAAGGAAAAGUUACUACUCUAGAUUUGUCUUUGAGAGUGGAAGCUCGCAGUGCUACCUGCAACAUGUCCUUGGUGCCCUACGCCAUCCGGCCGCUGACGGCUAGGGACAGCCCACAGCUAGUGGACUUUCUACGUCGGUUCUUCCUGAGGGACGAGCCGCUCAACGCAGCCAUGGGCAUCAUGGCCAACGGGCGACAGUCCUGGCCAGAGCAAGAGCGUUUCCUUCUCGAGCCCCUGUCCCAAGGUGUUUCUUUGCAAGCAGUCGAUACCAUGAGUGGCAAGAUUAUGGGAGUCUUCAUAAACCACUUGCACCAACCUGGACAUGAAGGGGAGGCUGCCAGAGAGGUUGAGACCUGUCCAGAUCCAGCCUUCCGUGAGAUCCUGCGGUUCAUCACCUCUGUUGAUCUCCAGGUGUCUGAGAAAUUGCGUGCCCUGUUCCCUGAUGUACACCUUCACCGGUUGGAGAUUGUAGCUGGGUCUGUCGACCCAGCUGCCAGGAAUUGUGGAAUUGGCAUUGCCCUCAUCGAGCACACCAAGUCAGUAUCUAACAUCUCCAUCAACAUCAUGUGCUGA